ACCACUGCAGUUCUCGGCGUUUCUUGUUUCUCUCUCCAACACAGUCCACCAAGGAAAAAAUAAAACGGUUUUUCUACCCAUCAAAAAUCCAAAAUCAAAGAAAAUUUCCAACGACAACAGCGAGUUGCAUUGGCAAUUGGAAGAAAAGUGCAGCUACAACUGCAACAAUAAAAGUUCCAUCCCACAGCUCCAUACAUACCAACGUGUGUAUGCAAGUGUGUGGGUGUGUGCAACUGCAUCGUAGGUUCCAGUAAAAAGCAGGAGGCACCAAGGAGACAAAUCGGCUCAACGCGGAAAAUCUAAAUUAUUUUUUUUUGUUGUGCGCUGUUUAAAGGUGUUUAAGACGAAAAUUUGAAAAAUCGCUUUUCUCCCACUGCAUUUUGGGGCCCACGCAAAAUUGUCGCAAAGCCCAAGAACGAGGAAGAGCAGAGGAAACGGAGAGGAGAGACAGAAGCAGCACACCAACAAAAAAAACAGGCUCGGUUCGGCUCAGCGCAGCCCAGGCUCCAGUGCAGCGCGCCAACUUCAACUUGUGAACGCAGCCAGUCGACGUCGACAGCGCUGUUGUUGCAUUUGCUGCAGUUGGCCCAAUCGCUGCUGUUGCUCUUGCAGUUGCAGUCACCUCGUUGUGGUCGCCGCGAGUGUAGGGCAGCAUCGGAAGAGAUAGAGUGAGACUCUGAGCAGUGCGAAGCGAAGCAAGCAGCCAAACCACACAGAGUAAGGACCGGCACCUGGUGUCACAGUACAAAAACCAACACGGAUCCCAAACACAGCGCAUAUUUUUCAGUUCAUUCCAAGCGGGGCAAGCAGAAAGGUAAAGGAAAGAAAGCAAUCAUGGAAGUCGAAUCGUCAUCCCAUACCAAACAUGCCAACGGCGGCGGUCGACGCCACAACUCUGGCGGCUCGGACUCCAAGGAGAGCUCUGUGGAGCGCGAGCUGAAUGGCGAGAUCCAGGCGGUGGUGCUCAAUGGCAGCGGCUCCAAUGGCCUUGGUCUCAUCAAGAAGCCGCUACCCGUCGGCGACGACGGACGCAUUAAGCGAAAGGCCAAGAGGCUCAUACAGAGACAACACAGUGGCAGCAAUGGUACUGUUGCCACCCUAACCAAUGGCAGUGGCCCGGGAUCGGGUGGUGCCAGUGGUGCUGCUGGCAGUGGUGGUGCCGCCGCCGCUGCCGGUGCCACCGGGAUUAUACCACAACCAGGUGGCUAUGUGGUGCCGCAUCGACGCUGGAAGAACAGCCGUCGCUCAAGGAACCUAACCCGGGGCCGUGGGCUACCCAAGAAGGGCGGCGCCGGCGGCAAAGGUGUGUGGGGUCUGCCGGGCUCCGAGGCUCUGGCCGAACUCUACGAGGACGAGAACGAUCCGAACUAUGACAGCGAGUGCAAUGAUCGGAAUGUGGAGCUGCGUGAGGUGAUCACUGAGACCACACCGGAGGAGUUCUUCAAGCUGGCCGAGCCGAUUGUCUUAGAGUACUACGAGCACGGUGACACACACGAGGUGGCGCUUAGCUUUGAUGAGAUAUUGCAAAGUCCAUUGCGAGAACAAAUUACCUCGAUUCUCGUGGAGAUAGCCAUGGAUCACAAGGACUCGCAGCGCGAGAUGACCUCGGUGCUGAUUUCGGAUCUAUACGGUCGUGUCAUUACCGGCAAGGACAUAGAAAAGGGUUUUAACAUUCUCCUGUCCAACUUGCCCGAUCUCAUUCUCGACACGCCAGAGGCUCCCAUCAUGCUGGGCAAUUUCAUGGCCCGCGCCAUCGCCGACGAUUGCAUCCCACCGAAGUUUGUGGCCAAACCCGAGGAGACUCUGCAGCUGAGCGAGUAUGCCGAGCAGGCUUUGCGUCGUGCCGACUCGCUGCUCCAUAAGCAAGGCUGGGCGCAUCUGGACAAUGUCUGGGGCAUGGGUGGGCCCCUGCGCCCGGUGAAGACCAUUACCAAGCAGAUGACUUUGCUGCUCAAGGAGUAUAUAUCGUCGCGUGAUGUGGCCGAGGCCCAUCGUUGUCUGCGUGCCCUCGAGGUGCCGCACUAUCAUCAUGAGCUUGUCUACGAGGCCAUUGUCAUGACGCUGGAAUCGCUUAGCCAGACCACUGAGGAGGCAAUGUGCGAGCUGCUCAAAUCGCUGGAUCUCACCUGUCUGGUGCUGCCAGCAGGCAUGGAGCAGGGCUUCAUUCGGGCUUUUGAUGAUAUGGCGGAUAUUGUGUUGGAUGUGCCCUUGGCCUAUAUAAUACUCGAUCGUUUUGUCGAGCGCUGCAACCGUGCCGGUUUUCUCACCGACAAGAUCAUUAAUAAUGUGCCAUCGCGCGGACGCAAGCGCUUUGUCUCGGAAGGCGAUGGCGGUCAUGUGAAGCCGGCUAUCUUUCCCAUGCGCGACUAAAUUGGGGAAAACUUUUCUAAAAUGGGCUGGACUUAUGUAGUGUGCUUAUAUAAAAAGCCCCGCCCCACACCCCAAACAAAACAAAAACAACCAAAAGUCAACCAAAACUAUAACAACAACAACAACAACAACAACAACAACAGAUAAAGGAUAUAUUUGAGCGGUGGAAAGAAGAACCUACAAAAAAGGAGCAAAACAUCAAGAGGAUGGAUGCAGCAGUAUAAGAGAGAAGUGCAUUAUUUGUCGCAAAUUUUAUUGAUCCUGCAUACCGUGAGAGAGAAACUAUCGCUAAACUAACGAGCAAGACACACACACAAGCAAACAAAGAAAAAGCCGACAACAAAAACAACACUUAACACUAAACAAUCAAUCCGGAAGUUGAUCUCCGCGUUUAAAACUAUAACCAUACGAUUUAACAUAAACAAGAACCAUACAAUACAUAAACAUUCAUACAUAUAUAUUAAUCUAACGAGAAACAGCAAAUCUAAAGCAAGAAGUAUAUAUUUUAAAUAUGUGUAUAAACAAAAGUAGAGAUCCACUACCGCCCGAAGCAAAACAAAAAAGAAAGAAAGAAAGUAGGAACGAAGGAACCCUUAAGUAACGGCUACGGCGGCGCAUAUUGAAUUGCAUUUGUCUUUUAUGAAGUAAAGCCUGGAAAUUGAGGUUGUUUUUGAGUAAAGAAUGAACGAACGAACGGAUUGAUGGAUCAGAUCAGCGGCGUACUUAUAGCACGGCUGCCAUUUAUAGUAUGUCUCUCACUUGCAAGCGAAGCAAUUACUUAUACGUACUGUUAUACACAACAACAACAACCACACACACACACGCACGCAGUCAGGCACUCAUUAACAUUAUUAUAUUGUAUAAAAUUAAGAGUAAAAGUGAAUUAAAACAGCAGCGAAACUGUGGCCAAAACUAUACUUAGUGGCGGCACACAUAAAAUGUCAAAAUAAUUGUAAUUUUCAACAUGUUUCCAUAUUAGAGUACUUUUUUGUUCUUCAAAUUUAAUCAUUUUUUUCUUUAAAACGAUCCCGUGGAUGUUUUCCAUUUUAUUUCGGAGAGCCUUGUGCGUGUAAUCCAAACAAAUUGUUAUUAACUAUAGUUAAGCACAUGAUGAUUUAAUUGUUUAAUUUACUUACAUUUUUUGUACUUCCUUAAGCGGAAUCCUUAAGCAAUCUUGCAUAUAGAUACGUUUUAUUUUCGUGUGUGUGUGAGAAGACUAGCGCCGCGGCGUACACAUAAUUAUGUUUAAAAUAUACAUACCUACAUACAUACAGAUAUAUAUAUAUAUUUAUAUAUAUUACCGAAUGAACCAUGAUGAACCCUCCCCCCAUACAGAAUAUCAAUUUCUUUUCAUCGGUAAAUAUUCUUUUGUUUUUUGUUUUUUUUUUUUUUGUAAUUCAAAACAGGAGUAAUUGCAUUUUCUAUUAUAAGAAGUUUCCACUUUCCCUACCACUUCCGUUUUUCGUUGUAUAACAGUUGGAUGCGAAAUCAGGCUAAUCAUUUUUUGUUGUACAAAAGAAGGAGAAAAGCUAAAACUCAUGGAAGAAAAACCAUCAAAAGCC